AUGGAAUAUUUAACAAACUCAGAUCUGAACAAUAAUUUCUUGAUCAAUAAUAAUACAAUUAAUCAUAAUCAUAACCAUAAUCAUAAUAGUAAUAAUACUAUAUGCCUUUCACCGACAUCAUUAAAUUUCAAUAAUGCUUCUUCAUAUUAUUCACCACAUUUGAUUAAUUUCCCACCGGAACAAAUCAAUACCGAAUUCGAUCAUCAUCAACAUCAACAUCACAAUGAGAAUGUUAAAGCAAAACUGAAUGAUAAAUUGUUAAUCAAUACAAAACUUCCAACUUAUCAUGAAAUUAGUAAUAAUAAUAAUAAUAAUAGUGGUGAUAUUAUUAAUCCCGUUAAUAUACAUGAAGAUAACUUUAAUAGUUUAAACAUUGUUAAUUCCAGUAUUAAUAAUAAAACUGGAAAGAAAACAAGAAACUCUGUGAAAACUCCUAAACAAUCGAUUAUCCAAAACAAAAUGAAAACUUCAACCAUAAAUAAAAAUCAAUUAAUCAAUAAAGAAAUCAAUAACAAUGAUAAUAAUAUUGAUUUAAUAAAUACUAUAGAAACAAAAGAUCAUUUAUUAUAUGAUACAACAUUAACAUCAAUGAAACAACCUAAAAAACGUGGACCUAAAAAGAAACCAUUAACAAAAGAACGUGAAACACGUUUAAAAAAUCGUCGUAUAAGAGCUAAUGCACGUGAACGUAGUCGUAUGCAUGGAUUAAAUCAUGCAUUAGAAUUAUUAAGACGACAUGUACCAACAUUUUCAACAACACAACGUUUAAAAUUAUUAUUAAUGAAUAAAACUCCAACACCAUUAGAGAUGGCAUUAAAUUUAACUGAUGGUCUUUCACAGAAUACAACAAAUUUAAUAGCUAAUACAUUACAAAUUAAUCCUAGAAUAUUAAUACAAUUACAACGUCAACAAUCUUCUUCAUUCCUUCAUCAUCAUGAUCAUCAUCGUCAUCAUGAACAACAACAACAACAACAACCAGCCAAUGAGUCAAGUAGUCAUGAUAAAUCAGAACAUAAUCAAGCCAAUUCCCUAUCAUUAUCCUUAUCUUCAUCAUCGUCAUCGUCAUCAUCAUCAUUAUCGGAUGAGUUAAAGUGUACAGUAGUUACAUCAAAUGAACCAAUGAACUUAUUAAGUCCUACUUCUAAUACUACUAUUAAUAAUAAUAGUAGUAGUAAUUGUUAUGAAAAAAUAUUGAAUAAUCAAAAUUCUGUUAUACCAAAUUCAUGGAAUAUUAAUUUCAAUCCUGUAUUAAUGAAUUUUCAAAGUGAUAAUAGUAAUAAUAAUCAUUCAACUGUCUUCUAUCCAAAUUCUAUUACCGAUUGGCAUCAAUCGAAUUUGUUAAUUCCAUCAGUCAUUCCAUAUAAUAAUUCUGAUAAUGUACAUGAUAAAACUAACAAUCAAUCUAUGCAUAAUACUAAUGCCAACAUCAACGAAAAUAUUCAUAAUUAUGAACAGUCAUUCUUACAAAUGAUGAAUAAAUCUCAAUUUUAA